UUACUCCGGAAGUUGUCAUUCUCCGAGUCCAAACACUUCCUACUUCCGCAAACACAGCUCUGUGCAGCUUCCCUGUUUCUGUGUUGAUCACUGCUCCUCUCUUUAUUCUCUUUAUCCUCUUUAUCCUCUUUAUUCUCUUUAUUCUCUUUAUUCUCUCCAUCACACUUUGAUGACGUCAUGACGGCCUCGGAGCCUCCGGGCCUGGAGACCCAGCGCCGGGACAUCCUGUCUCUGCUGCGGGACACCGAGCUCCGUGCGGGGGACAGCUGGUACGUGGUGGAGCGUCGUUGGUAUGAACAGUGGAAGGAGUUUGUGGAGACCGGAGACCAGAACUCGUCGUCCUUCCCGGGUCAGAUCGACAACACUGAGCUGUUCGAGGAUCUGGACUCGUACCACCUGAAGGAGCGUCUGGUGGAGAACGAGGACUUCAUGUUGGUGCCGCUGACGCCUGGCACAAGCUGCUGGUCUGGUACGGCGUGGUGGACGCUCAGCCGCCGCUGGAACGCAAGGUGGUGGACCUACCCAGCACCCUGA